GGACAAUGCUUCACUAAACUUACAUGCCCCUUCACGUUUUCAAGUAGUUCUGGCCCAAGCAGAGACAUCAAGAAAAGUAAAGCAUCCAUUUGUGAUUUUCUUUCCUUCUCUCUUAACUUAAAAGCUGAUAAUGGAAGCAGUUCAAACUUUCGGUCGCAAGGUAUAUCAUUUGUAGAUGUUAAAUUAGAAAGCAGCAAAAAGAGAAAGAGACAGAGGGAUAAAUAAGAGAUUUAGAAAGAGACGAAAAGAAAGACGGAAUAUGUACAUGUAAAAGAGUAAAUUUGAUGAAUCAGAUCAGCAUUGGGAAGCAACAAUGAAGAGAAAGAACGAGAGAGACAUACACAGUGAGAGAGAAUAUAAAACCGCCACUGCUGUUGCUCACUGCAAGCGUGGACGUGGUCUCAUCCGUAUCAACGGUUCUCCUCUUGAACUUCUUGAACCCGAGAUCUUAAAGUUCAAGGUUUACGAAGUCAUUCUUCUUUUGGGUGAAGAACGUUUCGCCAACGUUGACAUCAGAAUCCGCACUCACGGUGGUGGUCACGUCUCUCAAGUUUAUGCUAUCCGCCAAGCUCUUGCCAAGGCCAUUGUUGCUUUCUAUCAAAAGUACGUUGAUGAAGCUGCCAAGAAGGAAAUCAAGGAAAUCCUUGUUCAAUAUGACCGUACUCUUCUUGUUGCCGAUCCUCGUCGUUGUGAACCCAAGAAGUUCGCUGGUCCUGGUGCUCGUGCCCGUUACCAAAAGUCUUACCGUUAA